AUGGCAGCCUGGGCACGGGCGGUGCGGGGGCUGCUGCUGGAUGUCAGCGGCGUUCUCUACGACAGCGGUGGCGACGGCGGAGUGCCCAUCGCCGGCUCGGUGGAGGCGGUGCGCAGGAUCAAAGCGUCUGGUCUGAAGCUGCGGUUCUGCACUAAUGAAACCCAAGCAAGCCGGGAGAAGUUUGUGAAGAAGCUCCAGGGCAUGGGCUUUGACAUCUCCGUGGCUGAAGUCAUCGCCCCAGCACCAGCAGCCUGCCACAUUUUGAAGGAGCGUGGCCUGAGGCCACACUUGCUCGUGCAUGACGAUCUCGUCCCUGAAUUUGCAGAGAUCGAUAAAGCGAAUCCAAACUGUGUGGUUAUUGGAGAUGCAGCAGCAAACUUCACCUAUGCAAACCUUAAUGAAGCUUUCCGAGUUCUGAUUGGGAUGGAGAAGCCUGUUUUGCUCUCCCUUGGAAGAGGACGCUACUAUAAAGAAACCGAUGGUCUGAAACUUGAUGUUGGAGCAUAUAUGAAGGCAUUAGAGUAUGCUUGUGAUGUUCAAGCUGAGGUAGUGGGAAAACCAGCAAAAAAGUUUUUUGAGUCAGCCUUAGCAGAUAUGGGAGUUCUACCACAUCAGGCCAUCAUGAUUGGAGAUGAUAUUGUGAAUGAUGUUGGAGGUGCCCAGCAGUGCGGUAUGAGAGCUCUGCAAGUGCGGACAGGGAAGUACAGGCCUUGUGAUGAAAACCACCCUGAUGUGAAGCCUGAUGCCUAUGUGAACAACCUCGCUGAAGCAGUUGACAUUAUUCUCCAGCAGAUGUAAAGCCAGUGGCACUGUGAGCGAUCAGAAGGAAUGAGGAGGACCUCUUACAUGCAGUUUCUUUGUGAGGCCACUUUGUCUUCUCUCACCUCCAUCUGAUGUUAAUGGACCCAGAACCAGCCGUUCCCAGGGUGGUGGUGAACACCCUGUGUUGCUGAGUAUUUCAUGUAACAGUACUAAGUGACUCAUUAAUUAGCUUACAGUACUACUGACCUCAUCAA